CGAAUAUAUCUGUAGUUGUAUAACACGGGAACAGGAAUAUAACUGAAUUCAACUUACAUUAUUCUUGGAGCACUGUUGCACGACAUUGGUCAUCUAGUUGGAACGGCCGAUCGAAGACAAGAGAUGUUGACCGAUGGAAUGCGGCUAGGUAUACAGCAACAUGACGUCAUAGGCGCAGAGUUUUUGGAAGAGCUGGGUUUCCCGGCAGCCGUUACGGAUCUGGUGCGCUACCACGUCGAGGCAAAGCGCUACCUGGUGACAAUUGACGAGAACUAUUAUUCAAAAUUAUCCGAGGCUAGCAAGCAGACGCUAAUUCAUCAAGGAGGUUUCAUGACGGACCCGGAAGUUGCCGCGUUUAAAAACAUCCCUAGCUGCAAUGACAUUAUUCAGAUGAGAAUGUGGGAUGAGAGGGGGAAGGAUACGGAUGUAGAAACAAAGCCUCUAUCUUAUUAUAAAACCAUGUGCAGGGAUUACCUUAUGAAACUGUCGAAACAUCCACCCACGCCAUGAAUUAUAUUGCCCACAAUAUAUAUAUAUAUUGUUACAAUUAGAUAUGAGAAUAUAGUAUUGAUAUAUCACGGGGCUCGUAUUCUUUUAAUCCUAUGAACAAAACGCGAAUUUAACUGAUCGAUACAUGACAUAUAAUCGACAAUAUGUUU